CUCCCGAGGCCUAUCAUUUUUAUUCAAGUUGUAUGCCAAGAUCUUCUGGCAGGGUUAUCAGCACUUAAUCCUGCAUUGUUUGCCUGCUUAUCAGACCAGUCUAGCUGUUCUGUGAGCGCGUGUAAAGUUAGGGGAUCCCAAUGAGGAUAUCAAUCCCGGUCAUUUUGACCCUAUUGUUUGCCACAAGCUUCUGUUAUGGCGCUCAAAAGACUGUAGAGGUCAUUGGAGUUAGUGAAUGUGCUGACUGUCAGCAGAACAAUAUCAAGCACAGCCAUGCUUUUGAAGGACUUAAAGUUACAAUUGACUGCAAGCUUGCGAAUGGGUAUAUGAAAAGAAGAGCAGAAGGGAAGCUCGAUAAAGAAGGGAACUUUAAGGUAGAUCUUCCACAUGACAUUGUGGAGGAUGGAAAGAAGUUGAAGGAAGAAUGUUAUGCACAACUUCAUGGUGCAUCAGGCAUACCAUGCUCGGCUCAUAAUGGGAUCGAGUCUUCGAAACUAACCUUUGUUUCUGAAUCUGAUGGAAAACACACAUUUAGCCCAGUUGGAAAACUAAAAUUCUCACCAGAAACUUGCACAUCUGCCUUCUUGUGGCCUCACUUUAAGUAUCCACCUUUGCAUAAGAAGUCCUUCCCUAAGUUGCCAUUCACUUUCCCUAAGAUCUCUUGCCCUCCGUUUUUCAAGAAACCGUUUUUCAAGAAACAUUUCUUCAAGAAGCCAAUUAUCUCUAUUCCAAAGUACAAGAAAUCUUUCCCACAUGUCCCUAUAUACAAGAAGCCAUGCCCACCACCCGUGCCAGUAUACAAAAAGCCUCACCCAACACCCGUGCCAGUGUACAAGAAGCCACUCCCACCACCCGUGCCAGUAUACAAGAAGCCACUCCCACCACCCGUGCCAGUAUAUGAGAAGCCACUCCCACCACCCGUGCCAGUGUACAAGAAGCCACUCCCACCACCCGUGCCAGUAUACAAGAAGCCAUGCCCACCACCUGUGCCAGUAUACAAGAAGCCACUCCCACCACCCGUGCCUGUAUACAAGAAGCCACUCCCACCACCAGUGCCAAUAUACAAGCCACCUGUAUUCAAGAAGCCGCCUGUUAUCCCAGUAUAUAAGCCAAAGCCUCUUCCUCCUAUUACCUUCCCCCCUAAGAAGCCAUGUCCUCCUAUUAGUAUUCCUAAGCUCCCUCCAUUUAAGUUCCCAGACCACCCCAAAUUUCCUCCAAAGGUUUUUGAACAUCCCAAGUACAAAAAGUGGCCUUCUUUCCCACCAUUCACUCCUCAUCCUUGAUCAAAGAGACCAUUUGCUUUAUUUGUAGCGCCGUGAUUUAUUUCAUUUCAUUACAGGAUCAUAUUCUUAUUGAUGCAGUAAUAUUUAUAGUGUGUUCUUCAUUCUGCAUCGAUGCAAGAAGGAGCGUGCUGGUUCAGUUUACUCUCCAAAAGAUGCAGGCAGCAGCAGGCAGUUUCACCCUGAAGUACUAGAGUGUUUAUAAGUCAUCAUUGUUUUUAUUACUGUUUCUUAUUUACUUGUACAAUGUUCUUGCUACACCAUAUCUUUUGUAAUAUCUAUUUUGCCAAUAAGAUUGGUGACAUUAUUUGUUGAAUUUGUUAUCAUAUCUCUAUAAUUAAGCAAAUGAUUGUUGAGAAA